CAGUAAGGCGCCCCUCUUUCGAUUGAGUCUCGCUAGGAAAUAAGAAAGAAAACAAAAUGGCCAGCAAGAAGAAGACUGGAUCCAAGACAAAGAAGCGCGCACAGCGUGCGACUUCCAACGUCUUCGCUAUGUUCGACCAGUCACAAAUCCAAGAAUUCAAGGAGGCAUUCACACUGAUCGACCAGAACCGUGAUGGUUUCAUCGAUAAGGAAGAUCUUCACGAUAUGUUGGCUUCCAUGGGUAAGAACCCAACCGAUAAGGAGUUGGAUGAAAUGAUGGGUGAUGCACCAGGUCCAAUCAACUUCACUAUGUUCCUCACGUUAUUCGGUGAAAGGUUAAAUGGUACGGAUCCGGAGGAAACUAUAGUGAACGCGUUCAAAUUAUUUGACGAAGAAAACACGGGCAAGAUUCAUGAAGAUUAUCUCAAAGAUAUCCUGAUGACCAUGGGUGACCAUUUCACCGUCGACGAGGUCGAACAAUGCUACAAGGGUGCCCCCAUCGACGACGAAGGCAACCUCGACUACAGCGCUUUCGUCCGCCUAAUCAAACACGGGUCCAAGGACGAAGAACUCGUCAAGGACGAUUUGUUGGGACAGUAGUUUCCAGAUAUGUUCAAACAAUCCGCCAUUUUGGGAGCAUUAUGAUGUGCGCCCUCAUUUUCUCUCUUUGUCUAUCAACGUCUCUCUCCCUCUCUCUCUCCAAUUCUAUCUCUUUCUUUCCUACUCUCUCUCUCUCUCUCUGACUUAUUGGUUCUUUGAUACAACUUAAAAAAAUGGUCAUUUGUUUUCUUUCUUGUCAACCAAAAAGCGAAAAAAAAUGCUGCUGUCAGAAAAGAAGAACGAAAAUAUGUCUUCGUUCUCCGUUUAGUAAACAGCUAACAACUUGAAAAGUAAAAGAUACUCAAACUGAUCUUUAGACAAGUAAGACGCAUAUAGGCCUAGAUAUGUCGAGGUCAGACGAAAUUCGAAUUACUGCGCCGACUGAAAUUUAGUUGUAUCAAUUUAGGCCUACUUUAGCAGAGUCGUGGAGUUAGAGAGAGUUUUUCGCGUUUUACACGCAAGACAUCCUGCCAUUCAUUCAGCUAUGGCUUCAUAAGCAUAUAAUUAAGACCAUUGUGUAUAUGCUUUUUGUUAUCAUAUAACAGUGUAGAUGCAACCAUUGAAUUUCAGAAUUCAUCGUCCACCAUUUUCGCACUAUUUCACAAUUAUUUAUUCCAUUAAAAGUACUUCAUCAUUGAAGAUAUACCAGAAAGGACAGUGGAUGGUUAUCUCAAUCAGAAUUCGGAAAUCAUUUUUUUAUUUCUUUAAAGUCGAAUAUUCAUAAAGAGCAUAUUAUUUGUCAUAUUAUGCUUCAAAAUACUUUAAUUAUUUUGUCAUUAUCCUUCUUAUCUAUUCUUUUGCUGAAUGUUAACUUCUCAGUCAAUUUUCAAUGAUUGGAACUUGUUUGAUCAUCGUCUAAAAAGAAUGACGAUUUCCGAAUGUCUUGUUGUUACUUUUUUAAACGGUGGCCUGGGUGUCACGUGACUGCAGGCUGGUGUGACGUCACCGUGUGUUUAAUUAUUGUCACGUGUGUGUAAUUCUUGAGUGUUUUGGAUAGUUAAGGUGCGCGCGUGGGGUGCAAGUAAUAUUUAUGUUUUCUAUAUUUAUUACAAUUAUUAAUUUAUUUCAUUCUUAUUUGUUAUCUCAUAUAGAUGAAAGCAUAUUUGUAAAUGUGAUCUUGAGUACUAAUAAUGUAUAGCUGUUAUUGAAAGUUACUGUACAUUUUUUGCUUUAACGAAACUACAAACGUCAGAUCCGUAUAUGAUAAAUCUAUUUAAAUCGUAUAUCACAAAAUAUAUCAUGACAAAACUAAGCCUUGAUAUACAUUCAAUAUCAAUUCAAACGUAGUUCAUAUCAAUCAAUUUCAUAAAGAUGACAUUUGAGUUAGAUGCAAUGAUUAAUAAAUACGUUGGUAGAAGUUUUUUUCAUACCAAUGUAUAUACAUCGUGAACUCUUGUUCAUUUUAUUGCCUCAUUACCCGUCUUCAAAACUGUUGUGGGAUGUGUAUAAGUAUAACAACAAUGAGGUUGUGUCACUGUGUCGUUCUUGAAUUCAUUCUCUAUCCUGUAUGCUAGUGAUAGUGAUGGUGGUCGUUGAUGUCCGAUCGUCGUCGACAUGGAAGCUGCUUGUUAUCCAUCUUGGACGAUUUGGGCUAUGCAUAAAUUAAAAACCACGCCUGUUUUACCUUGAACAGUUAUUGCUUACGGAUUAUUGCGAUGGUUUUUAUAAAUACCAUAUUAUAUUCCCUUUGUCUGCUAUAUUCGUUCAUGUUGUCAUUACUUCUUCAAUAGUUUAAACAUAGGCCCUAAACCGAAUGUUGAAUUGUGAGAUAGUGUAUCGGGAGAUAUGAUGUUUUGUUUUUUGUGUUCUUUUGCAAAAAAUCGGAUUGACUAACCAUUUUUUCACAAAAUAAUAUGGCGUUUAGAUUACUUGUGGUUCAUGGUUAUAUUGAGUUUUUCUCUCUCAACUCCUUACUUCUUUCUUGAAGUUCCUGUCCACUGCUAUAUCUCUUUUUUCUUAUAGAAUAUUGUGCAAUCGGUAAUAAGAUACUUGUCUUUUACCCAAACUCAACAAAAAGACUGUAGAGCGGGAUAAUGAUAGCGAUAGCUCUUUCAACGUGGUUUGUUUUUAUUCCAGUUAGGUGGAUGGAAUAAUCUUUUUGGAAGGCUAUCAUUAGUAUUAUCCUGUUUUGUGGGUCUAUAAAAGCAUCGCGCUCAGGCCGGUAAUGCAAUUUGAAUUUCAAAGCGUUUAGUAGAUUUAGUUGAUAAUUAACAUAUUAUAUUAUGUGUGAGUUUUAGAUUUGGAUUGCUGUCUCACUCAUUCUCUCGCCCUCUCUCUCGCUCUCUCUUUCUCGUUAUGUUUUAUUGCGUUAUAUGAACAGUUAUUUGGUCUUGUCAUUUCACAUGUGAAUGAAUCAACAUGUGAAAAAGGGAAAUAUUUUGGAAAAAAUGUACUAAAAGAUAAUAAAAGUGUAAAACAAAUAUUGAAGUGGAA